GUUUUUACUUCAAAUCAUCUAUAUUAAUGCGAACCUUAGGUAUCAAUUCUAUUUUUCUCGCGUUAGUAUCUUAGACAAGACUAAAGUACAUAUUCCUCCUCCAUAAGAAUUGCUCUUAACUCUUACCUAUCUAAUUGUCUAGUCCCCUCUCUCGCCACCCGACCCCGGCAACGAUCUCUAUAAUGGAUGUCCCAGGUUUUGCUUUGGUAACUGGGGCGGCUUCAGGAAUAGGUAGAGCAUGCGCAAACACAUUUGCUCGGGAUGGUGCUGCCGGAGUUGCCCUGUUUGAUAUCAAUCUCGAAUCCCUGUUAGCGGUCAAAGCAGAGAUAGAAGAGAAGCAACACAACUCCGGGGGCAAUACUUGUCGUAUUGUGAUACACCAAGUCGAUAUAUCGAAUGAGGAUCAAGUCAAUCAAUCCGUUAAGGCGGUCGUCGAAGAAUUUGGACGGUUAGACUACGUCGCGAACGCCGCAGGCAUUGCCAUGAAGCAUGAAGGUGGUGCCGCAUUUGCGCGUCUCGACGACUGGCAGCGCAUUCUAAAUAUCAAUCUUACGGGAUCUCUCAUCAUAUUAAAGGCAGUGGCCCAGAUCAUGUUGAAGCAAGAACCGAUCCUAUCGUCCAUUGAUCGACGUCCGUUGCAAAGAGGCUCGAUUGUACUCUUUGGAUCCAUUCAAUCCGUCGCUGGCAUUCCUUUGUCAACUGCUUAUGCCGCCUCGAAGGCUGGAGUUUUGGGACUGACUCGGUCUGCCUCUGAGGAUUACGCAAAAGACGGGUUAAGGAUUAAUGCAGUAUGCCCAGGAUAUACCGAGACGCCUUUGACGACGAAGAAUCCGGGGGUUUUCAAGGCGAUGGAAGAAAGGGUGAUGACGGCGGUGCCGAUGAUGCGGGUGGGAAAGCCUCAAGAAAUUGCUGAUGGCGUUGUUUAUCUUGCAGGUGGUAGGAGUUCUUUCGUUACAGGCACCGCGCUUAUGGUUGACGGUGGAUAUACUGAAAGGUGAAGUGGAUAUAUAGUAGUAGAUAGAUGCCUAGCACCUAUAGGUUUCGACACAUGUUUAAUUAUUUAG